CUAACUCCUGGUCUGCAGGCGGGGAGGGAGGGAGACAGAGGCAAACCAUGGUUGGGUUGGGACUCAGGUUGGGUUGGGAUGAGAUGUGAUUGAGAGAGAGAGCAGCUCGGGCCAGCUCGUCCAGCCUCUGGCUGACAAGUAAUGGUGAGGAGCGAGGGGCUCGCUGGCAUCGCCAAUGUCAGAAAUUGAGGCUUGAAUUGCAGACGGGAUCGUCGUGGUCGGAAGCGUCAGCUUUCAGCUCAAUGUCGUGCUGAAAAGGACGGAGAUUUUGAGUCCUCUUUGUUUGAUUUGUGAGGUUCGGAGCUCAGGGGGAUUUGGCCCUCGUCGAGGACGGACCAUGGCAGUUGCACGAGCUUGGACGGGAUCCCUGUGUGCGUUCGUCCAGCAGCAACAAGUGCCUGCUCUCGUAAUUAGUCGACAAUGCUGCAGCUGUCACAGCUCCGCCUCGCAGCCUGCUGUUUCGUCCUCGUCCUUCGUUCCCAGCUGGACUGUGAAGAGUAGCAAUCGGUGGUCAGCAGGUCGGAGGCGCAAUUCGGCUCGAUUUUCCGUGCUUGCCAGUCAAGAAGCGGGAACGUCCACUUUGUUGGUUCAGGAAGUGGAGUUCACCUGGAAGGGAAAGGGGUCAGAAGUUCUACUAACCGGCGACUUUCUGCAAUGGGACGCUAAGGUUCCCCUGGAAAAAGGCUCGAAUGGAUCUUUUACUGUGAAGAAGAAGUUACCAGUGGGGAAGUUCGCUUACAAGUUCAUAGUGGAUGGCGAGUGGAUGCAUUCGGUAGACAGCCCCAUGGUGCCAGAUGGAUCCGGGGGCUUCAACAACGAGGUCAUUGUUGCAGAUCCAAGUGCGGUCGAUACUACGCCCGCUUCAACUGAAUCCUCAAAAGCCUCACCUACUGCUGCCACCAAAAAGUCUACAAAGGACCCUGCCAAAGGAAACGAAGCUGCCAAGUCCAAGCCAGCAGCAGUGGCAGUUGAUGGUGAUGCCAAGCCCAAGCCAGCAGCCGUGGCAGCUGAUGGUGAUGCCAAGCCCAAGCCUUCAGCAAGAGCGAAGAAAGCCGUGGUGGAAAAGAAAUCCUUGGAGGCAACUAUGCGAGAAGAUGUCAUUCCUCAACUGUCUGCUGCGCUUGAAAAAGAAGAGGGCUUGACUGACCUUGACAUUACUUUCGAAGAAAAUCAGCUAAAGACGAGUUUCACGAAGGGUGCCAUUCCUUACUGUCACUGGGCCUUCUUCCCUGACGGCACCUUGGAAGGAUCUCGAGGUGCAUCUUUAACAUCACAUGGUUCUCCGCCAAGCACAAUCGAACCUUUUCUCGUGGACGAAAACAAGAUCACCGCAGAACUAGUUGUCUUCUGGAUAAGGAAGAGAUUAUUCGCACAAAAGAUUUUGUCCGUAAAUUGAUGAUUCACAACUUGCUUCAACCAAAGCGCCAGAACGAACAUUUUCACUGUGUUCUUCAAACUGAAAAUCUCACCUUAGAUUUGAUGAUCUAUACAGCGCCACAAAAUGUGCUAGUGAGUAUUGCAUUCAAAGAAAAGCGCCGCCUAUCUUGUUUCAUAGUAGAAUUCUUAAAGUUCCAGCAGAUUUCAUGGCCACGAGACCCUGAAGGCUUUUCAAGUGUUCUGUAGAACGUUCAAAGUCAUUUGUUCAAUUUCAACUUUCACGAUUGUUGUACGUGCACUUUCGAGCGCAUCAGUCUCAGGAAGACGGACUGGCAGUCAUAACAAAGGGAAAUAGCUCUCCACGUCAUUAAGU